GUCUGCUUUCCGGGACCGCCCCUUCGGCCCACCCAAUGUGGGGGCCGUCUUGGUGUUCCGCCCUCCCUGCCGGCAAAGGGUGGCGGAGUAGCCUGCAAAUAUCGGCGGCGAGUGGGGAUGGCGGCAGUGGUAGCGGCAGCGGCGGUUGCUGUGGGACGGCUACUGAGGCUCCGGGUGGCCCGGGUGGAGGGACACUGGCAUCCUCUGAGUGGCGGGGGGCUGCUGCGGGGCUUCCUGCAGCCUGCCUCAGCCGACGGGGAUGCGUCCCAGAAGCGGCAGGUGGCUCACUUCACUUUCCAGCCCGACCCGGAGACCCUGGAGUACGGGCAAACUCAGAAAAUGAAUCUCUUCCAGGCAGUAACAAGUGCCUUGGAUAACUCAUUGGCCAAAGAUCCUACUGCAGUAAUAUUUGGUGAAGAUGUGGCCUUUGGUGGAGUCUUUAGAUGUACUGUUGGCUUGCGAGACAAGUAUGGUAAAGAUAGAGUUUUUAAUACCCCACUGUGUGAACAGGGAAUUGUUGGAUUUGGAAUUGGGAUUGCAGUCACUGGUGCUACUGCCAUUGCGGAAAUUCAGUUUGCAGAUUAUAUUUUCCCUGCUUUUGAUCAGAUAGUUAAUGAAGCUGCCAAGUAUCGUUAUCGCUCUGGGGAUCUCUUUAAUUGUGGCAGCCUCACGAUCCGGUCCCCUUGGGGCUGUGUCGGCCAUGGGGCUCUCUAUCAUUCCCAGAGUCCUGAAGCAUUCUUUGCCCACUGCCCAGGAAUCAAGGUGGUUGUACCCAGAAGCCCUUUCCAAGCCAAGGGACUUCUCUUGUCAUGCAUUGAGGAUAAAAAUCCUUGUAUAUUUUUUGAACCUAAAAUACUUUACAGAGCAGCAGUGGAACAGGUUCCCAUAGAACCAUACACUAUCCCUCUGUCCCAGGCCGAAGUCAUCCAAGAAGGGAGUGAUGUGACUCUUGUUGCCUGGGGCACUCAGGUUCAUGUGAUCCGAGAGGUUGCUUCCAUGGCUCGGGAGAAGCUUGGAGUGUCCUGUGAGGUCAUCGAUCUGAGGACUAUAAUACCUUGGGAUGUAGAUACAGUUUGUAAGUCUGUGAUCAAAACAGGGCGACUGCUAGUUAGUCACGAGGCUCCCUUGACAGGCGGCUUUGCCUCGGAGAUCAGCUCAACGGUUCAGGAAGAAUGUUUCCUGAACCUUGAGGCUCCUAUAUCCAGAGUUUGUGGGUAUGACACGCCAUUCCCUCACAUUUUUGAGCCGUUCUAUAUCCCAGACAAAUGGAAAUGCUAUGAUGCCCUUCGCAAAAUGAUCAACUAUUGACCAGGGAG